AGAAAUGCUUGGCUAUCUGAUUCUGUCGCUGGUACUUUGCUUCCUGUACUGGCGGUACAGAGACAGGAAACAGAUAACAAAUAUAUUUGACAAGCACGUGUACAUCACAGGCUGUGACUCUGGCUUUGGAAAUCUUCUGGCCCAGCGUCUGGACCAGCAGGGAUUCCAUGUUCUGGCUGCCUGUUUUACUGAGAAGGGUGCUGAAGAACUGAAGAGCAGGACAUCAUCGAGACUCAAAACAAUUCAACUUGAUGUUACCAAGUCUGAGAGUAUUGGGAAGGCAGCAGAAUUUGUAAAAUCAGAGGUAAAGGGAAAAGGACUCUGGGGGCUGGUUAACAAUGCUGGCAUCUUGCACCCCCUUGCCCCUGUUGACUGGCUUAUGAUAGAUGAUUACAGAGCCGUGCUGAAUGUCAACCUGAUUGGACUUAUUGAGGUCACACUGAGUGUACUUCCACUGAUAAAGCGGGCACGAGGCAGAAUAGUAAAUAUUGCAGGUGUAGGUGGAAGGAUCAGCCUUCGAAGUGGAGCAUAUUACAUCUCUAAAUUUGGUGUAGAAGCCUUCAAUGACAGUCUCAGAUGUGUCGUGCAGAGCAUACUGACAAGCCGAACCACAGCCUGGUAUGGAAACACCAAUGCCCUUGAAUGGAAAAUCCUACAAAAAUUAAUGGAUGCGGCUCAGUCCAGCACAGAUGCACAUGCCCACUCGAAUACACUCUGAUAUAUGGAAGUGCUGUGCUUUCAGAGACAGAGGUCUGAAAGAAGAGGGAACACUCCUAAUAUCCUGACGUUCAGUAUUAGGUAAUCUAUACCUAUAUGGACAACAGCUUGCUCUCCCUUCCGUACAUGCCCUGGCUUGUGUAUCACAUAGACAGCUGGGAUGCAACACCCAUGGUCGACCCACAGUUCCCCAGUAUAUUAUUGCAACUUUUCUGUUUUAACUAUUCCCCUGACUGUUGUAUAACUUCAGUGGCUUUCACUAAAAAUAAUAUAACCAUGCAAGUUGUGGUGUGAAUUAUCUAUAUUACAAUGGUGAGAAAAGUAGUAAAUGAAAAUUCCAUUCUGAGAAGUGAAUGCUAGAGAUCAUACAGCAAUAGAGCAUGAAAACAGAUUUCUCAGCACAAUCAGUUCAUGCCAACCAUGGCGUUUGCUCAGCUUGUCCCCAUUUCCUGUGUUUGGGCCAUUAUUGUCCAAGGCCCGGCCCAGCAUAGAUCUAUCUAAGUGACUCUUCAAUGACACUAUUGUACCUGCCUCUAUCAUUUCCUGUGGCAAUUCACGCAUCUACUCACCACACUCCAUGUGAAAAGAUGCCUUUUCACUCUAAGUUUAUGCUCCCUAGUUUUUGGCUUGCCUAGACUGUUACAUUUCACCUGUUGUCUGGUUCUCCUGAUUUUAAACUUCUCUAUAAGGUUGUCCCUCAUUCUCCCACAUUCCAAGGAAUAAAGACUUAUGCUGUCCACCCUCUCUCUCUAACUCAUGUCCCCUACUCCUGGCAACAUCCUCAUAAACAUUUUCUGUAUUCUUUCCAGAUUAACCACAUCCUUGCUAUAACAGGGUGAUCAGAACUGUCCACAGCAGUCCAACACCAACCAAAUGAUGAAGGCCAGAGUGCUAAAAACCGUUUUCACCACCGUCUACCUGUGAUGCCAGUUUCAAUGAACGAUACACUUAUACUCCCUGGUCUAUCUGUUCCAUUACACUCCCUAUUUCUCUACCGUUCAUUGUCCAACAAUGGUUUAACUUUCCAAAAUGCAUCACUUUACACUUGAAAUCAUUUGCCACUCCUUGGCCCACUUUACUGACCCCUAUUAUUUAAAACAACCAUCUACACUAUCAAGAACACCUCCUAAUUUUGUGGCAUCCAUAAAUUUUCUGAUGCAGCCUUACAAAUCAUUUAUAUUGAAUAACAAGGGUACCAACACUGAUCCCUGUGGCACACCACUAGUCACUGGCUUUGUGCUGGCUGUAUCCAAUAAAGAACCUUUGACCACAAGCUGAAUUUGAAUCUAUUUAACCACCUCUCCUGAACUCCAUGAGACCUAAAUGACCCACCAUCCCAUACCGGCCUUUUCCAAAUAGAUAAUAGCCACUGUCUUACCCUUAUCCAUCUUUUAGGUUACCUCUUCCAAUUACUCUAAAAGAUAUGUCAAGCUUUGUCCUCCAUGCAUAAAGCCAUGCUAAUUCCUCCUAAUUAGACUGUGCCUUUUCAAAUGCUGAUAGAUCCUCAGAAUUCUUUCUAGUAAAUUCCCAAGGACUGGCAUGACUUACCUUCUUUCUUAAACAAUGUAACACCAUUAGCCACAAGCAAUUAUAAAGUAAUAGAAAAGUACAGCAAAGACACAGGCCCUUCGACCCAUCUAGUCCAUACUGAACCAUUUAAACUGCCUAUUCCCAUCGACCUGCACCGUGACCAUCACCCUCCAUACCCCUCCCAUUCACGUACCUAUCCAAACUUCUCUUCAGCGUUGAAAUCAAGCUUGCAUGCACCAUUUGCACUGGCAGUGCAUUCCACACUUUCACGACCCUCUGAGUGAAGAAGUUUCCCCUCAUGUUCCCCUUAAGCUUUUCACCUUUCAUCCUUAACCAAUUACCUCUAGUUGUAGUCCCACCUAAACUUUGUGGAAAAUACCUGUUUGCAUUUACCCUAUCUAUACCCCUCAUAAUUUUGUAUACCUCUAUCAAAUCUCCCCUCAAUCAUUUACAAUCCUGGAAAUAAAGUCUUAACCUAUGCAACCUUUCCAUAUAACCAAGGUUCUCCAGACCCGACAACUUAACUUGUAAAUUUUCUCUGUAUUCUUCCAAACUUAUUUACAUCUUUCCUGUAGGUAGGUAAUAAAGACUGCAUACAACAAUCCAAUUAGGCCUUUCCAAUGUAUAUACAGAUAUACAGUAUAUACUUGGACAGUUACAGCCUGACAAUUCUGUUUUUGUAACAGUAAUUACAGUGAUAUCUGAUAAACUAAUGGCAAACAAUCACCAUCACCAACCAAAUGAUUAAAUUGAAAUAAAAACAUUUGUUCUGAAAGCAGUUGGUAAUACAAUGUUCACUCAAUUGUUUUCAAUAGUCUCUUCA